AUGGGUCAGAAUUCAUGCAACCUAUCACCAACUAAACCAAAAAUACUUGUUGGAUAUUAUCCCGCCUAUAAACUUAAUUUAGCACCGGGUGUAGAUUUUGAUAUCAACCCAUCAAUUGAUUACUUAAAUUAUAUCGCAUUUGGCCCGAGUGACCUUGUUAAUAAUGCCGAAAAUAAUAAUACUGGCGGUGACCCAUUUAAAAAUUUUAACAGCCAAUCUUACAAAUUUAAUCAACUGUCAAAUUAUAGGUCAAGCAAGGAUCUAAAAUUUAAGAUCAUUCUAUCAAUCCUGUUACCAACUGAUAGGGAUAAUUUAAUUAAAUUCUUUAAUAAACAAUCCCAAGAUCCAGAGAAUGGUUGGUAUAAUUCGAGUAGCACACAAAAUACGAAAUUCAUUAAUGAAUUAGUUAACAUUGUUACUACUAAUAGUUUUGAUGGAAUUGACAUUGAUUAUCCUUUUAAAUUUCCGUGCAAUCCUUCAACAGGAUUCAAUGAAACUGAUUUUUCAAAUUUUCUAAGUGCCAUAUCAGCACGAUUAGGUAAUAAAAAUUUAACAAUUACAGCAGGCCAAUAUGCUAUAAAGGGCAUCAACCCAAAUAUCAUUAGUUUUAUAAAUAUUAAGGCAUUUCAUCUUAACAUAAAUAACACGUACGCAAGUGCUGGAAUAGACAGAAUUUCGGAAAUUUUAAAUGAUUGGAAUUUUAUAGAUCAUUCCAAACUCGUUUUAGGCGUUGAAUUUGGAGGAAUUGUCGAAAUUGUUUCUGAUAAUGAUAACAGUAUUAAGUCGGACAUUGAGAGUAAAAAACUUAAACCAGUAAAUGACUCAAAUUUUCAGUUUUCUUUUAGUAAUGGAAAGAUUCCAGAUCAAUGCGGACAUUCAUCAUAUGCAUAUUGGUCAUGGAAAAAUUUGAUUACUAAUUUAGUACCACCUUGUUACACAAGGAUCGAUGAAAAUUCACAGUGGAAUUAUGGCUUUAUUAACGAUUCGAAACAACCAUAUCUCCACCGACAAGAUUUGUCUUCACAAUACUACUAUGUUGCUUUUUAUGAAGAUUAUCAAUCAUUAAAUGCUAAACUCGAUUAUAUAAACAAUAAAAAUUUAGCAGGAAUCGCGAUCGCUGAUAUCACAAAAGAUUCAUCAUUGAUAAACUUUAUUUUGGGAAAUAAUCCUGUAGGAAAUAAAACUUUGGUGGGUGGUGUAAUUGGUUCUUUGAUUUUUGUUAGCGUAUUAGUGGCAGCUGGUUUUAUAUUAUAUCGAAGAAGACAUACAAAUGUUAUAACAACUGUCGUAGCAAUGUUUGAUUAUGCAGGAAAAGAAGAAAAUGAUUUGAGUUUUAAAGCAGGAGAUAGAAUUGAAGUUCUUGAGAGAGGUGAUGGACCUAAUGAUUGGUGGGUGGGUAGGUUACGUGGCGUUGUAGGUGAAUUUCCUGGAAAUAUUCAUUAUUAUAAAUGCCAUAUGGUGUCUAACAGUAUUCAUUACAAUAUCGGAAAUUUAGAGGAUGAGUUUAACAUUCAUUUGGUGACUGUAUUAAGUCAGGAUCAAUGCAACCUAUCUCCAACUAAACCAAAUAAACUUAUCGGAUAUUAUCCCGCUUAUAAACUUAAUUCAAAACCGGGGGUAGAUUUUAAUAUCAGUCCAUCAAUUAAUUACUUAAACUAUAUUGCCUUUGGCCCGAAUGACCUUGUUAAUAAUGGUGCUGAUGGAGGCCCAUCUAAAUUUUUUGACACUUCCAAAUUUUUUGAACUGUCAAACUAUAUACACAGCAAUAGUCCAAAGUCUAAGAUUAUUCUAUCAGUCCUGUUACCAACUGAUAAGAAUAAUUUAACUCAAUUCUUUAAUAAACAGUCUGAUUUGGAUCAGGGUUGGUAUAAUCCGACUAGCACACAAAAUAAGAAACUUAUUGGGGACUUAAUUACUAUUGUUAAAAAUUUUAGCUUUGAUGGAAUUGACAUUGAUUAUCCCUUUAAAUUUCCGUGCUAUCCUUCAAUAGGAUUCAAUGAUUCGGAUUUUCCAAGUUUCCUAAGUGCCAUAUCAGAACAAUUAGACGAUGAUAAGAGUUUAACGGUUACAGCAGGCCAAUAUCCUAUAAAGGGCUUCAAUUUCAGUUAUGUCGAUUUUGUAAAUAUUCAGGCAUUUCAUCUUAAUAUAAAUAGCGUGAAUACAAGUUCUGGAUUAGAUGGAAUCACACAAAUUUUGAAUUCUUGGAAUAUUACAGAUACAGAUAAAUCAAAAUUUACUUUAGGCAUUGAAUUUGGAGGAAUUGCCGAAAUUGUUUCCUCCAAGAAUAUCACUUAUGACAUUGAGAGUCAACAAUUUCAACUAGUAAAUGGCACAAAUUUUACUUUCCCUUUUCCCAAUGUACCAAUUUCAGAUCAAUGUAAUCGUUUUUCAUAUGCAUAUUUGUCAUGGGAAAAUUUAAGUCAUUCAUUAUUAUCAUCAUCCUCCUCUUGUCCUACAAUUUUAACUUCAUUGUCACCAUGGGAGUAUGGCUUUGCUAAUAGUUCACAACAACCAUAUCUUUACAAACAAAAUUCGUCUAAUCAGCCUAGCCUUAAUUCGUCUAAUUCGUCUUCAACAUACUAUGUUAUUUUCUAUGAAGAUUAUCAAUCGUUAAAUGCUAAAAUCGACUAUAUAAAAAAACAUAGUGCAAUAGUGGGUGGCGUAUUAGGUUCUAUUGUUUUUGUUAGCGCAUUAAUAGCUAUUGGCAUCAUAUUGUAUCGAAGAAGACACAGUACAGGAAAAGUUGUAGCAAAUGUCAUAGCAAUGUUUGAUUAUGUGGGAAAAGAAGAAAAUGAUUUAAGCUUUAAAGCAGGUGAUGUUAUUGAAGUACUUGAGAAAGGAGAUGGGCCUAAUGAUUGGUGGGUGGGUAGAUUACGUGGUGUAGUAGGUGAAUUUCCUGGUAACUAUGUAAAAGAAGUCAUGUGA